AUGCGCCUCUCUACCGAUUACGCCUUGCGAAAUGUCUUCUUCGAUCAGUAUCCCCAGUUUAACUACAACCCGAGCACACCCAUUACCAACGAAUUCGCUCGCCUCGCCAAAACGCGCAAAUGGCGUCUAGGCACACGGGUCUACCGGGAAAAUCAACGCUUGUGUGUUCGUUACGAAUACAAGUUUCUCGUUGGAGACCGUACCGAGCUUGAGACCCUUCAACUGGUCUGCGAGAAGAUUGGCCUGGCAGGUGAUCUGUCCUCUAUUGCCAAGUGCAAAAAGGCGCUUAACCAGGUGAACAUCAACAUUUUUGACCUGCUUGACGGAUGGAAGACGGGCGAGAUUCCACUGAUGUGGCCAACUGCUAAGGCACUGUCCGUUUACACCGUAGUCGCUGACAAGGUGUUCCCACGCGGCCAGGCGGAGCGGGAUGCGGUGUUGCGAAUCCUCAUCAAGCGUUUAAAUUAG